AUGGCAGGCAAUGUUGGCUUGACGAGUGAGGAUCUCACCUACGAGCUCGACGCAAGAAACGCCUCAUACUUCCGGAGUCAAGCAUGGCCUCUGCAGCUGGAACAAGUGGCUGCUCCACGACAAGACCCCAGGAGGAACAUAUCACCUAUACAGACCCGGAAUCAUGGUCUUCGACAGACCACCAUGGCAGAGCAUCCAAUGAUGGACAGUUGGAGGUUCCAAUCACAGCAACAUACGCAACAGCACGACACCGUCGAUUUCUCCGUCCAACAGUCGGCGUAUGAUAUCCAUUUCGAAACCCAAUUCCAUGGCCUCCCCAUGCACCCUUCGCACUUGACGAUGAUGCCUGUCUCGCAGCCGCCGCUAGGCAGUGGUCUGCCCCUCGAACCCGCGUAUCUCCCCCUCGAAUCCGGCAUUGAGGGAAUGCCGCGCAACUGGGCCGAAUUUCAGAGCGAGUUGGUGAACUAUACAACUACGGACAUGGGGCUCGCUGUAUCACCUUACCAACAGUUGACAAGCUCUCCCACCGGAUCCCAUCUUGAAGUUCUGUCACAGCCCAGUUCAUGCGAUGAGCACGGAUGGACCAUGGUAGAGCCUCGCUCCUCCUUCGAACCCUACGAGCGGCAUUUCUUUGUUGAUCCGAACCAGACCGUGCACAACAGGACGCUGUCAGAGUCGUCAUACUCGGACCUUGAACCUCAAGGCAAUGGGACAUUCAUGUCGAACCUCGAGAUGGGCCAUUCUCAAGCUGUAUACUCCCCGACCACCUUGUCUGAUAGUGAUUUCGAGUACCCGCACCCCCACCGCCUCUCGAUAGACUAUGGAUCUGCUCCCACCGCGAGCGUUAAUCCCACAGCCCUCGUUCGCUCAAUUCCUAUUCCCACUGGCCGAUCUUCUGGAGCUACCGUUCGGUCUCCUAGCUCUCAAGGCUCCGCUAGCUCCCCCGGUCGGAAAGGUUCAAGGAAAAGUCCUAUCGCUGCCAAGUCGACUGACAAAGUCGUGAAGAAAUCAGCACAAGCAGGCAAAGGUGAGGGCGAGAAGCGUGUGGGCCGAAGGAAGGGGCCGCUCCGUCCUGAACAACGUAAACAGGCCAGUGAGAUCCGGAAAUUGAGAGCAUGCCUGCGAUGCAAGUUCUUGAAAAAGACCUGUGACAAAGGAGAACCCUGUGCAGGAUGCCAACCUUCGCAUGCACGCCUGUGGCAAGUGCCUUGCACUCGCAUUGACAUCAAGGAAAUUGGAUAUUUCUUGAAGGACUGGAAGUUCGACUAUGAGCGACACAUUUCACUCGGCUUUUCGGUCGGCAACAUCAAAGGAUUUUCUGACACUGAAAAGACUUUAUUCAUCACUCAUGGGUACGGGCACAUGUUACCCGUGACUGCCAGGGAGGUCUACGUCAGAGACGACACGUGCUUGAAGUUGGAUUGGGUCGAGGCGCAACACCCAUCGCCUGAAGGAUACGAAGUAUCUACUGCCAAGUUGUCUGCUGGCAUGGAAGGCAUUUCGACAACUAUGUUGAGUGACUAUCUUGACCGCCACAUUGACGGGACUGGCACUUUCGAGAAAUUCGUCGACGACUACUUCGAGGGGACUCCGUUUUUGUCGCAAAUGCUCAAGACAGCGCAUCGGUUUUACUUCAAGACAGGGUCCAAGAUCAUCAAGAAGGCUUUGAAACUCGUGCUCGCCUACAAUCUGACGUUGCACAUCACGAUGGUCGAGGGAGUGCCACCGGAGGAGUCGUUUGUGGGGAAGAUCGAAGAGCAGACAUCCAAGUUCUUUGGUAAGACCCUGGCACCGGUGAUGAUCAACUUCCAGAUCAAAUGCGCCAUGGCCGACAUGUGGCGGGAGCUGCACAAGGAUGUACUGGAGGAACUGUCAAGCUUGUACUCCAGCGUGUACAGUGGCGACAAGCUCAAGAACUGGCCGACCAUCUUUAUCCUGGCGUCGGUGUUGUUGGCAGUAUGGGAAUGCAUGCAGUUUGACUGCCACUACCGCGUACCUGACAGCGCGGCUGUGGACCGGUUCUGCAACGACAUGGAGACCACUCCGGUCGGUGUUGUGGUUGGUCUUUUCCAGGCCAUUUCUCAGAAGCUGCCUUCAAUUCUUGACUGGGACACUUCCAAGCAUCAUGCGUUAUUGGCUUCCGACCCAGACGUUUGCAACACCAUGACUGAAGUUCGAGAGCACGUCACGAGAUAUGAAAACUACCUCCGCGGCCGACCUAAUGCACAAUUCGACCGGAAGGAUUUUGAUUCGCUGUCGAACAAGUUUUUGGCGAAGUUGGUCAUCAGGGCCAACUAA